UGACCUUAUUGCGUGUCCUUUCCGCAGCAUAUAUUUCAGUGAUCUUUUAUAGAGUGCUAGUACCAGAAGCUUUACGGAAGACAGAUUUGCCCUACUGGAUCUUUCCGGAUGUUUCCCCAUCCACAAGUGUCGCCGGUGUCUGUCACUACUGAUACAUCCAGCAACGGCAUGGCGUAUUGGUAUCUGGAGCCCAGGGACUUGCCAAUUGGCAACGGGAUCGAUCCGAACCAAGCAAGCAAUCUCUCUUCUUUUGCCAUUCAAAAUGGAUGCGGCUUUGUCAGCUCGUCAGGGAACCCUGGAACGUUCGACUAAUUCAGAACAGAAUUGUCAAAACCCUCUGAUACACAUCCCCCGGAGCUGCGAUGCAAAGUCAUUUCGUCGAGAAGAUCUCUGACAUAGAACGGGCAACGUUUUGGCUCGUCCCGUUUGCGUGUCCUAUAUACAGAACAUCCUCUC